GGGAGCCCUCUCGGCCCGCGCCCCUGCGCGCGCCCGCGGCCGGGUUGCAGGGCUGGGCGCGCGCCCCGCGUCCGGGGCAGGAAGAUGGUGGCGAGCGCGCGGGUGCAGAAGCUGGUGCGGCGCUACAAGCUGGCGAUCGCCACGGCGCUCGCCAUCCUGCUACUGCAGGGCCUGGUGGUGUGGAGCUUCAGCGGCUUGGAGGAGGACGAGCCGGGCGAGAAGGGAAGACAGAGGAAGGCACGGCCACUGGACCCCGGCGAGGGCUCCAAGGACACAGACAGUUCCGCUGGGCGGCGGGGCAGUGCCGGCAGAAGGCAUGGGCGCUGGCGGGGCCGGGCUGAGAGCCCAGGUGUGCCCGUGGCCAAAGUGGUGCGGGCCGUUACCAGCCGGCACAGAGCGAGCCGAAGGGUCCCUCCUGCCCCACCCCCAGAGGCCCCUGGCCGCCAGAACCUAAGUGGGGCAGCAGCUGGGGAGGCGCUGGUUGGGGCAGCUGGCGCCCCACCACAUGGAGACACUGGGAGUGUGGAGGGUGCCCCUCAGCCCACAGACAAUGGAUUCACCCCCAAGUGCGAGAUUUUGGGCAAGGAUGCGCUGUCCGCACUGGCCCGGGCCAGCUCCAAGCAGUGCCAGCAAGAGAUCGCCAAUGUGGUGUGCCUGCACCAGGCUGGGAGCCUGAUGCCCAAGGCUGUGCCCCGACACUGCCCGCUGGCUGGGAAGACGAACCCCGGCAUCCAGUGGGAUGAGGCCCGGGCCCGGCAGCCCGUGAAGGGUCCCCCGGUACGAAUAGCCUACAUGCUGGUGGUUCAUGGCCGCGCCAUCCGCCAGCUGAAGCGCCUCCUCAAGGCUGUCUACCACGAGCGGCACUUCUUUUAUAUCCACGUGGACAAGCGCUCCAACUACCUGCACCGGGAGGUGGUGGAGCUGGCCCAGCGGUAUGAUAAUAUCCGGGUGACGCCCUGGCGCAUGAUCACCAUCUGGGGCGGGGCCAGCCUGCUGAGGAUGUAUCUGCGGAGCAUGCAGGACCUGCUGGAGGUGCCUGGCUGGGCCUGGGACUUCUUCAUCAACCUCAGUGCCACCGACUACCCAACCAGGACCAACGAGGAGCUGGUGGCUUUCCUGUCCAAGAACCGGGACAAGAAUUUCCUCAAGUCACAUGGCAGGGACAACUCCAGGUUCAUCAAGAAGCAGGGCCUGGACCGGCUCUUCCACGAGUGUGACUCGCACAUGUGGCGCCUGGGCGAGCGGCAGAUCCCGGCGGGCAUCGUGGUGGACGGCGGCUCCGACUGGUUCGUGCUAACGCGCAGCUUCGUGGAGUACGUGGUGUACACGGACGACCAGCUAGUGGCCCAGCUGCGCCAGUUCUACACCUACACGCUGCUUCCCGCCGAGUCCUUCUUCCACACGGUGCUGGAGAACAGCGCGGCCUGCGAGAGCCUCGUGGACAACAACCUGCGGGUCACCAACUGGAACCGCAAGCUGGGCUGCAAGUGUCAGUACAAGCACAUCGUGGACUGGUGCGGCUGCUCCCCCAACGACUUCAAGCCGCAGGACUUCCUCCGGCUGCAGCAAGUCUCCAGGCCCACCUUCUUUGCCCGGAAGUUUGAGUCCACUGUGAACCAGGAGGUACUGGAAAUUCUGGACUUCCACCUGUAUGGCAGCUACCCCCCUGGCACGCCGGCCCUCAAGGCCUACUGGGAGAACAUCUAUGACGCAGCCGAUGGCCCCAGCGGGCUCAGCGAUGUCAUGCUCACCGCUUACACCGCCUUUGCCCGCCUCAGCCUGCGCCAUGCCGCCGCCACGGCGGCCCUGCCGGCCACCCCACUCUGCAGGUUUGAGCCCAGGGGCUUGCCGUCCAGCGUGCACCUGUAUUUCUAUGACGACCAUUUCCAGGGCUACCUGGUGACGCAGGCGGUGCAGCCCUCAGACCAGGGGCCGGCAGAGACGCUUGAGAUGUGGCUGAUGCCCCAGGGGUCGCUGAAGCUGUUGGGGCGCAGUGACCAGGCCAGCCGGCUCCAGAGUUUGGAGGUUGGCACCGAGUGGGACCCCAAAGAGCGUCUUUUCCGGAACUUUGGGGGGUUGCUGGGACCGUUGGAUGAGCCUGUGGCCAUGCAGCGCUGGGCCCGGGGCCCCAACGUCACAGCCACUGUGGUGUGGAUUGACCCCACCUAUGUGGUGGCCACAUCCUACGACAUUGUGGUGGAUGCAGAGACCGAGGUCACGCAGUACAAGCCCCCACUAAGCCGGCCCCUCCGGCCAGGGACCUGGACUGUUCGAUUGCUUCAGUUUUGGGAACCCCUGGGUGAGACCCACUUCCUCGUGCUGCCCUUGACCUUCAACCGCAAACUACCUCUCAGGAAAGAUGAUGCCAGCUGGCUGCAUGCCGGGCCCCCCCACAACGAGUACAUGGAGCAGAGUUUCCAGGGCCUGAGUGGCAUCCUGAACCUGCCUCAGCCAGAGCCCGCGGAGGAGGCUGCCCGGCGGCAUGCAUUGCUCACCGGCCCCGCGCUCGAGGCCUGGACAGAUGGGGAACUGAGCGGCUUCUGGUCCGUGGCUGGACUGUGUGCCAUGGGCCCCUCCGCCUGCCCCUCCCUGGAGCCCUGCAGACUGACCAGCUGGAGCUCUCUGUUCCCCGACCCCAAAUCGGAGCUGGGGCCUGUCAAAGCAGACGGGCGACUCAGGUAGCAGGGCCCCAGCAAACACCUCCAGAAGACCCGGGGAAUUGCACCUUACGGACAACGGAGGGAUGUGCCCCCCACGGGCAGGGACCAAAGGCCCAGGCAUCACACCUAUGUCAGCCAUCAAGAACCGCACAGAGGGCAGGGAAGGUGGGCGUGGUCUUUACUACUGCUGAUGGCCCUCUGGCCAUCAGAGGGUGGCAGGAAUGUGGGGAGAAGGGCUCCAGCUUCCACACCCCACUCUUCCAAAACUUCUCUAGGUUUGUUUUUUUUUAAAGGCAAAUGGGUGGUGUGGGAGAAACUGGAAACAAAAGAUGUGCAAUAGGGCUCAGAGCAGCCCCAGGAAGUGGGCCACGGCUCUGGGGAACAGGGGCCUGAUGAGCCCAUCUGCUACUGCUCUGGGGGUGGGGCCUGCCUCACUCUCCAGGGCCUCGUCCCCCAGCCUGGGCCUGCGGUGCUCAUGGCUGAGGCUCUGUAAGUGCCGUGCCAGGCUCUGAGGCCAGAGAACAGGUGAUUCGGGGGAGCACCGCAGGGCUGGACUCUGGUGGGACAGCCCCGCCUCUUGUAGCCAGGGGACUGUAGAAGAGGGGCUGGGGCUGGCUCCAGGGCUUUCCAGCAUGCCUGCUCCUUGAUGGGAAAGGCAGGGCACCAGGGCCCACCGAGACCAGUGCAGAGUCUCCCCAGAACCCAGAACUGCAAGCGGGCCUGGGCUCCUGCCCUGGAGGGGCGAGCCCUCCUGCGCAGCAUGGGAAGAAGACUCUGUGAGGGCUCUCAGAGGAGCCUGGAGCAGCAUCGUGCCUGAAGCUCAGCGUGAAGUCUGAAAUAUGCAACAGAAAAAAUAUAUCUAUCUCUCUAA